GUGCCGUGCGCGCUGACGUUGCGCGGCGGCGGCGGGCGGCUCCUCCGGGGUGGUCCCGCGGCACCAUCGCAGCCGGGGGGCCCUCGGGACCCCCCCGCACAGCCCCCCAUGCGCUGCCCGGCCCGGGGGGGCCCCCCCGGCACCUGAGGGGGGGCAGGGCCCCCCCAGCGCCCCCCCAGCCAUGAUGUUCCGGGACCAGGUGGGGAUCGUGGCCGGGUGGUUCCGGGGCUGGAGCGAGUGCGAGCAGACGGUGGCUCUGCUGGCGCUGCUCAAGCGGGUCACGAGGACGCAGGCCCGGUUCCUGCAGCUCUGCCUCGAGCACUCCCUGCAGGACUGCCCCGACAUCCACCGGCGCGAGGCCGAGGCCAACAGUGCCGCUGCCAUCUCGCAGUGGCCCCAGGAGCCGGCCGAGGCCGCCGUGUCCCUGCUGCUGUCCCACCUGCCGCUGCUGCAGCCCGGCAACGCGGCGGCCAAGGCCGAGUACAUGAAGCGGCUGCAGAAGGUGCUGGCGGAGGCCAUCGAGAGCAACCGCUGCGUGGAGGAGAGCCGGCAGCUGCUGUCCUACGCGCUCAUCCACCCCGCCACCACGGCCGACGACCGCAGCGCGCUGGCCCUGUGGCUCGGCCACCUGGAGGAGCGCCUGGCCCCCGGCGCCGCCCCCCCGCGCCGUCCCCCCGCCCACGAGUGGCCCCCCGAGCACCCCCCCGAGCCGGGCGGGGCCUGGGCGGAGCCCCCCGGGGGUGGGGCGGCCCCACCCCGCGAGAACGGGCACCCCGCGUACCACGGGCCGGGGGGAGGUAAUGGGGGGGGACGGGGGCUGGGGGGGAGGGCCCUGCCCUGCCAGCUGCACCCCAGCCCCCUGAAGCGCUCGCUGUCGCUGGUGCCCGGCAGCCCCCAGCCCGGCCAGGGGGGCGAGUGGGCAGGGGGCGGGGGCCCCGAGGACCCCCCCGCGGCCCCCAGGGCCCCCCCCCCGUUUGGGGAACACGCCCCCCUGUCCCCCCAGAGCAGCGUGGCCUCGUCGGGCAGCGAACACACGGAGGAGCCCGGCGGGCGCAACUCCUUCCAGGAGGACGGCAGCGGCAUGAAGGACGUCCCCUCGUGGCUCAAGAGCCUGCGGCUGCACAAGUACGCGGCGCUGUUCGCCCAGAUGAGCUACGAGGAGAUGAUGACGCUGACGGAGCAUCACCUGGAGUCACAGAACGUCACCAAGGGCGCCCGGCACAAGAUCGCCCUGAGCAUCCAGAAGCUGCGGGAGCGGCAGAGCGUCCUCAGGGCGCUGGAGAAGGACAUCCUCGAGGGGGGCAACCUGUGGACGGCGCUGCAGGAGCUGCAGCAGAUCCUGGUGACCCCCAUCAAGGCCUUCCGGCCCCCCCCCGCCACGCCUCCCCCUCCCGGGACCCCCGACGGGGCCCCUCCGGGACCCCCCCCCGACACCUUUGCCCCCCCUCCGGCCCCCGACGCCGAGGCCCCUGCGGCCCCCGUCCCUGACGGGGACAUCCCGGGGCAGUUCACCCGGGUCAUGGGCAAGGUGUGCACCCAGCUCCUGGUGUCGCGGCCGGACGAGGAGAACAUCACCAGUUACCUCCAGCUGCUCGAGAAGUGCCUGAGCCACGAGGCGUUCACGGAGACGCAGAAGAAGCGGCUCCUGUCCUGGAAGCAGCAGGUGCUGAAGCUGCUCCGCGCCUUCCCCAAGAAGGGGCCCCUGGAUGGCCCGCCCGGCUACCGGCCCCCCAAGGGCUGGGCCUUCGGCUCCAACUCUCUCCCCAUAGCUGGCUCUGUGGGGGGGGGGGGCGGCGGGGGGGGGCAGGAGGGGUCUCUUCUCCCCCCUGGGGGUCUGUUUUGGGGGGUCCCCUCUGCUCUGACCCCCCUGUUGCCCCCCCAGAGCCUGUGGUUCAGCGCCGGGGGGGGCCCGGGGGGGUCCCCCGGGGGUCGCAGCGCCGUGCAGAGAACCCACUCCCUGCCCGUGCACAGCUCCCCACAGGCCCUGCUCGCCUUCCCACAGGAGUGCCCCCUCCCCGGCACCGACCUGGAGAUCAACCCCACCCUGGAGUCGCUGUGUCUGAGCAUGACCGAGCACGCGCUGGGGGAUGGCACAGACAAGACCUCCACCAUCUGAUGGCGCUGCCCCCCCCUCCCCAAACCGGGGGGGCACCUCCUUAACACCCCCCUCCUCCUGCCACCCCCCCGUGCCCCCCCCGGGGGGGGUCCCCAAAACAUCUGGGGUGGGGUGGGGGGGGGUAAAACCCUUCCUCCCCCCUCGACUCCCCCCCCACGGCCAGGGGGGCUCGGGGGGUCCCCGGUGAGGGGGGGGGCUCCCCCAGGCCGAUGACCUUGCGAGGGGGGGGGGGCCAUGACACUACAGGGGGGGUUUUUGGGGGGGUUUGUUGCGUUUUCGCCGUUUUAAGGAUCCCGGAAUUUGGGGGUUUGUGGGUUCAUUUUCCCCCUCUUUUAUUAUUAUAUUAUUAUUAUUAAUAUUAUUUCUGUUCCAGCCCCCCCGGGGGGUGGCGGGGGCGGGGGGGGGGACGACACCCCAAAUUUAGGUACAGGCUGAGCCCCCCCCCCCAACCCGGGGUUGGGGGUGCCCCGGGCCCCCCCCCCCCGGUACCCCCCCCCCCCCCCCCUUUGUAGCGCCGCGGCCCCGAAAUAGAAAAAAAUCGUUAUUUUAGAUACAUUUUAUUAUGAAUCCUUUUGUUAUGAUAUGGCUGGUAACCAUGAACGUUAUUAAACACAAAAAACACCCACAA